UUACAACCAACCAAUUUUCAAGUCUUCCUUCCAAAUUCACAGAUUCUCACUUAGUCACUCAGUCAGACUCUGUUCAGCAGUCUACCCAAAACCAUGGGCAGAUUUCUGCCCGGCCCCUUCCCCGCCGCCUGGAAUUCCGACAACCCCCAACUUUCCGACCACCUCCCCACCGUCGUCCGGACAUCCUCUUCUUCCAACUCAUCCCUCUCCUCCCAAUCAAGUCUCCCAUCAGUUCCUUCCCUCACUCCGCCGCUUCCCGAUCAAACCGCCGCCGCCCACUACAGCUGCUCCGCCACGCUCCGGGGACACUCCUCCUACGUAUUCUCCCUGGCUCUCGCCGGAAACCGCCUCUACAGCGGCGCUUCCGACGGAGAAAUGCGGGCCUGGGAUCGGACCCUCUCUAAUUCCAGUAAUGAUUAUUCUCCUCGCGACAACGUCGUCGGAGAAGGAUACAGCGCCGUCAAAUCAAUUAUAAUUUCCGGCGACAAGCUCUUCUCCGCCCACCAGGACCAGAAAAUUCGCGUCUGGAGAAUCGACGGCUCGCCGGCGCCGAAUCAGAGGUAUAAAAUGGUCGCGAUUUUGCCGACAUUGAGCGACAGCUGUAUGAGCCUCUUCGACGCCGGAAAGUACGUCCGAAUCCGGCGGCACAAGACCCGCACGUGGGUGCAUCACGUGGACGCGGUUUCCGGCCUGGCUUUGUCGCCGGAAUCGUCGCUGCUCUACUCCGUCUCUUGGGAUCGGAGUUUCAAAAUCUGGCGGACUUCCGACUACAAGUGUAUCGAAUCGGUGCAGGACGCGCACGCCGACGCCAUCAACGCCGUCGUCCUCUCCGCCGCCGACGGCUUCGUCUACACCGCCUCCGCCGACAAAACGAUCAAGGUCUGGCGGCGGUGCAGCGGCGCCGCCGCCGGCGACCGGAAACACUCCCUCGUCUCCACUCUCGAAAAGCACAAAUCCGCCGUGAACGCAUUGGCAUUAAGCUCCGACGGCGCCGUCCUCUACUCCGGCGCCUGCGAUAGAUCGAUCAUCGUGUGGCGGCGACGUGGCGGCGACUCCGCCGCGUCGCCGCACAUGGUGGUCGCCGGAGCCCUGCGCGGCCACACAAAGGCUAUUUUGUGUUUGGCUACCGUGUCGGAUUUGGUCUGCAGCGGCUCCGCCGAUCGGACGGUUAGGAUAUGGCGGAGAUCGGACGGCGGAAAUUACUCAUUCGUGGCGGCGCUUGAAGGUCACAGCACUCCGGUCAAGUGCCUGACGGCGGAGCCCGGCGGAGACGGCGACGGCGACGAUUACCAAAUUUACAGUGGUGCGUUGGAUUGCGAAAUUAGGGUUUGGCAAAUUCAUGCCCCUCGAAUUAAUUAAUUUUAAUAAUUAGCUACUAAUUAGGUUUUGGUAAUACACUUUUUUUCUAUUUGGGUGUCACAUUUUUAUUUUUAAUAUACUUUUCUAAUAGUUUUUAAUUUGAUUUUUCAUUGUAACACAUA